AUGGCAAUGGAUGCGUUCAGGUCGCUAUCUGAGUUAGACCAGAAGAAAUCUCCGUGGCGGUCUAUAUGGAUUUCGAUUGGGAUGCAGUUCAUAGUUGGAGUUCAAACCUCAAUCUAUUAUAUGUCAAUGUGGCCGUAUCUCAGUAGCGUCGAUCGAACAGCAACAGUGGAUUUUCUGGGUUGGGUGAUCGCCGCGUGUAGUCUAGGAUGUUCCGUUGCGAACCCGUUGUUUGGGCUGUGGAACCAAAAAACCAUGUCAAUAAAGGCUCCAGUCAUCGUUGGAAUGAUAAUGAUGAUCAUCGGACAGGGCGUAUUCGGCAUCCUUCCACUGUUCAAUUCUGGUCAGAAAUGGAUCAUGCUAUCAGCGAGGUUAUUGACAGGAAUUGGCGCAGGAACGCUAUCGGUUUUAAGAGCUUAUGCAGCAACAGCAUCCACACCACGCGAUCGGCUCAGCUCGGUUUCCUUUGGUACUGCUGGCUACGUGCUAGGCCUUUCCUUCGGCCCAGCAAUACAGGGACGUAACUUUCAACACUUUGAUUACAUUCGUUUAAUACUGGUGCAUUUUCAGGCAGUUUUCACACCAGUUGGGGAGCGUGGAUUCAGAUUGGGUAGCAUUAUUUUCAACAUGUAUACAAUGCCAGCAUUUUUCAUGGUACUGCUAUCUAUCGUCUGUUGCAUCAUAAUUAAACUAUUUUUCAAAGAAGAAUAUGCUGGUAUAAUUGAGAAGAAACAAGACGAAGGGAAGAACUUCAUGGUAAUACCAAAAUUCGAUAUGGUACCAGCUGUUAUUUGCAUUUACCUGUGGAUGGUCUCGUGCAUGGUUGCAACUAAUAUAGAAGUGUUGGUCAAUCCGAAUAUACAAUCGCUUACCCCGAAGAUCCGGUCAGAGACCUUAUUUUGUAGAAUUUCAACACCUUGGUCCGUUGUGAUGUAUAACUGGAAAGAUUCUGAUGCUGUUCUUUAUAACGGAAUUUUCCAAACUGCGUCCUGCUUAGUGUCCUCAGGAAACAGUUUUCUAAUCGGGUACACCCGCAUAGGACAAAUAGAGAAAAGAAAGCAAAUCUUGUUCGGUAUUACGGUAUUCCUGCUGUUCCAUAUUUUCAACUUUCCAUGGCCAUUUUACGCCGGUCCUCUGGACUAUAUUCCUGAAGGAAAGGAUUCGAGCGAAGUGGGUGGAUGCCUUCCGUCUUACAAAUGGUGCGAGAGUACCGUACGGGUACCUUUCCCUAUCUAUAUGAUCUGCUUUGUUUUUUUCUUCGGCGUUUCCUUUCCUUUCACCGGUUCACCAUCUGCUACCCUCUACUCACAAAUUCUUGGACCACGUAAGCAGGUGAGUGUUUGUUUGACAACUUAUCUUCUAUGCAGGCUAGCUUGUCUUAAUGGCAUCAGAAACCAUAGAAUGUGGAGCUGCAGUACGAAAUUAGGCGAUUUCUCACACAGAAGUGGAAGCAUCGAAGUCAUGAAUAACUUAGAAGCAUCAAAAAUCGGAAAUAAUGUAUCGAAUAUGAUUUGA